CCGAAAAACAUAAUCGACUUUUCCGAUGAUGUUUUCGUUAUCGUUCUUUAUAUAAAUAUGCUUGACCUAAUUAUAUAAUAUGUAUACUGUCUACCGUAUUCAAGGUUUAAGUGUUUGCGUGUGAUAUAUAAACACAGCUUACAUCUCACCAUUCAAUAAUUCUUCCUACAAAAUGGAGCUAAACUGGAGCAGUUUAAUGUUCUAUGGUAUUGUGAUUUUUCUAGGAUAUAUUUCAGUACAGGUUUUCAAUUUACUCGUUAGUUUCAACAGAAAAUAUCGGGCACUUCGUAAACUACCCCAGCUACCCUCACACUGGCUCUACGGACAUUCUCGAGAGAUAAAUGCUGAGUCAACAAAAUCAUUUCUAGAUGUUUCAACGCGUGCAAUGGAAGAGCUGGAUGCCAAAGUUUUCCUGUUGUGGUUUGGCUCGUUUCCUUUUGUACAGAUUUGCCACCCAGACACAUUUAGACAGGUCAACAAUACGGUUUUAACAAAAGACACUAAUAUGGCCGGCGGAUAUCGUCUGCUGCGAGAGUUCAUCGGUGAAGGUCUUCUGGGAAGUAACGGAAAGAAGUGGGAAAGAAACCGGAAACUACUUACGCCAGCCUUCCACUUUCACAUAUUGUCAGGAUAUGUUUCUGUAAUGAAUAAAGCCGUCGAUACUCUUACGGAUAAGCUUGAAACGGCUGCAGCCAACGGAAAAAGCGUGGACGUAUUCCCGUACAUCUGUCGAUCAGCUUUGGACGUCUUAGUUUCCUGUUCCCUGUCUUAUGAAGGAAACUUUCAAGAUAAUCAAAACUCGGAAUACAUAAAUGCUGUCCAGAGAAUUCUUGAAAUUGAGUUCCAUCGCUAUACUAAACCAUGGCAGCUGAUAGACUUCCUCUUCUACCUGUCUCCCACAGGGCGGGAAUUGAAACGACUGUGUAAAACUUCGAGGAGUUUCACUGAAACUAUUAUCAAAACAAGAAAAGAAGAACUAAAGAAACAGCCGAUUAUACAUGAAAAGAGACGCCUUGAUUUUCUGGACAUGCUCUUGACUGCACGUGAUGAACAAGGCAACGGGCUGACGUUCGAAGAAAUACACGACGAAGUUGAUACCUUUACAUUUGCGGGUCACGACACGACAGCAUGUACGAUCAGCUGGACAAUCUAUGCACUUGGAUUACAUCGCAAAGCUCAGGAACUGGUUUACCAAGAUGUGUGUGAUGUUCUUGGUGACGAAACCGAUGUCAAAACAGAACAUUUGGGGAAGUUUUCAUACCUGGUGCAGUUUAUAAAAGAAGCCAUGAGGUACUACAGUCCGGUCCCUGCAUUUACAAGACGAAAUGAACAUCCUAUUGAGAUUGAUGGAUACGAAAUACCAAGCGGAACUAGCAUUAAUGUGCAUCAGUAUCUAAUUCAUCACAACAAGAACGUAUGGCAAGAACAUAAUGAGUUUAGACCUGAACGGUUUGAUGCGGAUCACAGAGAUGACAAUGAAAUUUAUGGAUUUUUGCCGUUCUCAGCAGGAUCCAGAAAUUGUAUCGGACAGGUGUUUGCCAUGAACGAAGUGAAAAUAACGAUCGCCAAGUUGGUACACAAGUUUGAGAUUGUGAAAGACCCCGACCACGAGACGGACAUUCGUCCUGAGAUGGUAAUGCGGCCAUCCAAUGGGAUAAAAGUGUUUCUCAAGAAAAGAUAAAACUAAUACAUAACGUUACAGUUUAUUCAGUGUUUAAGACCCAGGCCAUGAGACAGACAGUCGUCCCCAGUUUGUAAUGCGACAAUCAAAUGGGAUAAAAGUUUUUUUCUCAAAAAAAAAAAAAAAUAUAUAAUAUAUUAUU